GAAAAGGGCUAAACUCCAAGCGCUUUCGAACAGCUGUGGACGGGAGGACAUUUUCGACAGCUGUGCGGGGGAGUUGAAAGUAAAAUUUUUUGGGUGUGUUUGGCCGAGAAAAAAACGUGAAGAAAGAACGCAAUAUUCGUUGAUAAAAUGACCAGAAAAAACUUUUAAAAACUGAACCGCUAUGGUGAGGAACACAAUUUCGGUGUCACAGACGCUAACAUCUGCCACCGGCGGCAUCGGCAUCGGGCGUUUGGCCAUAACCAAAAAACUGGUGCUCUGGUCCGUGCUGAUACUUCAGGUUGGCUUCAUAGGCUGCAUAUGGCUGUUGCAGAUGAACUACAGCAGCCAGGAUCAGCAGCAAGGCCUGGAUCAGAGCCACAACCGGGUGAACUUUGUCAAAAGCGGAGGAGCGGAAACAGCAGACAGGAGUCAAAGUCAAAGUCUGGGCACCCACUGUCCACGACAGCACGAGAAUGUAAAUCGCUAUGAUAGGGACUUUUAUCAAAUGAAACCAGACAGACUGAACGAUACUCAGAUCCAGGCGGACUACAAUGUCCCCGCCUAUGUGGAAAUGGAGAUGGGUCCAGCGGCCGCCCUGUGGUGCUAUCGCGAGGGUACCAUCAACGAAAGCCAGCACAUCAAUGAUGUGGACUAUCUGAUGGCUCCGCCGCAGUGCAAAUGCGCCAGCGGCUGGCACGGACGAGACUGUGGCCAGCCAGAGAUCAUCUGGCGAGCCCUGAUGACGCACAGUCGGGCCAGCAGGCGAGGAGGCGGCACUGCGCCACUGCAACUGUCUGAAGCCAGCUCGAGUUCCCUGCAUCGUCUCUUCUACAUGGUGGAUCUUGGUGCCUGGGAGCACAUCAGCCUGGAGCUCUUGGAACUGCAACUGAGGGCCCUGCUCGAGGUGGUCGACUACUUCCUCAUCUACUACGUGAGCAACGGGAGCAAGGAGCGCAGCCUGGACAGUCUGCUUGGGGGCAAGGCGAGCUAUGUUCUGUUCCGCUGCACAUCGGCUGGCAACUGCAGCAGUGCUGCGGCCUAUGCACACUUUCGGCGGCAGCUUUGGUCGCUCUGCGGUGUUCAGAUGGAGGCCAAGGACUUGCUACUCCAUGGCGACAGUCGGACUGUGUAUGCGCCGGCCGCUUUAAAGUUUCUCAAGUAUUAUGCAAAAGAUGUGCUGCCACUAAGAUUUCGUCUAAAGUACAACGUAUACGGCUUCUAUUGGCAGCAUCCGAAGAGGACUCUCCUGAACGGUGUGAUAAGUUCCUUGGGGCAUCUGCGGGGCGCCCAACUAGAUCCCCAUCUGCUGCAGCGCCAGGCCAGCAAUACGUUGGGAGAUCUCAAUCAUUAUGGUGGCUGGAGUUGUGAGAUGUGCUUGCCACCCGAGCAGAUUGUACUCCUGCUCCAGCAGCACCCGUCCCAUAAGCUACCUGUGAAGCUGCCCAACGAUACGCGCAACGCCCACAUUGAUGCCACCUACAUGCAGCAGCUAAUGGCGAAUGGUUACCAUAUAGAUGGUUCUACACAGCUGUUGCGUUUGCGUCAGCAAAGCGAGAAGUAUUAUGCCCCCGACGAGGCUCUCCUGCACAGCAGUCAGUUUGGGCAGCUGCUAGUCAAUCUAUACGAUGUGGAUAUCUUCGAAGAUAUCCAGGAAGACUAAGGUUGCUCAAGUCUGACUUGGGCAAUAGAUUUCUAAAUAUAUAUAUUUAUAUGUGCCUGCUUUCGAACGCCCCAUCAAAGUCAAUCUCGAUCUCAUAAUCACCAUAUCAUAUCAUCAGCAUUGCCCGCCCUUCUGUGUUUUUUGGCCAAUCGUAUUCCAAAUUUAUUAUCUCUCAGCAGACAGGACAGACAGACCCGCAAAAUCUGUGAUAAGAAACCAACAACUAAACCAGAAGAAUUUAUCCAAAAACGAAACUAAAACGAAGAACAUUUUGCUGGAAUUAUAUAAACUAUGUUGUGGAAAAUAAGUUCAAGGGAAUUUAGCAUUAUUUUUAAGAAAUAUAAAGAAGUAUAUACAUGAUCUGUAAUGCCAAGUGUUAUAUUAUCACAAAAAUUUUGAAAGAUAUGUAUUUUUAGGUUUCAUUAAAAUCUUAAUUGGGAAUUUGUGUAUACUAUUUUAUAAUAGAUCAAUUUUACUUCUUUUAUUGGGUCUUAAGCGGUACGGUACCACAACGGGCCGAAACCGGCAUAAGUGUGACGGGCUUCUAGC